CACACUCUGCAUCUCUGACUCUCCGCUCUUCCUUUUCUCUCUGUCAAUCCUCAUUCACCCCAUCUCUAUUCAACACCACCCACCUCUUGCUCUCUCUGUCUUCCUUCUCCUUCUGUCUUUACCUCUCCUCUGCAUUCCACUCUGCUCCUGCCAAGCAGAUGAUGGUGAUGAUGAUGAUGUGACACUGUGGCCAGCCAAUGAUCAUGCAAGGGGGGAGUGGAAGGGGUGUGUCCAGAGACCGAGCUUGGAACUGAUCGAUGCUGAGAAGACCGAGGAGGAAGAAGGGGAAGAGAGGGAGGUAAAGGAGGGUGGGGGAGGCCUUGUUUGAGCUGAAGAGUGCCUACGUUGGCUUAAUAAAGGGGGAGAAGAGGAAGAGGAGGAGGGAGGGAGUAAGCUGUCGCCUGUCGGAGGGAGAUCAACCUGUGCUGUCAUGGACAAAUAUCGACCAAAGAGACCAACCACCCUGGCUCUGUUCCCCCAGCUGCCACAAGCCGGCACCCAGGACUCCAUCAACAACAACUCUUUUGGCAAGAAGGACAGCUGGAAGGACUCCCGCUCUUCCUCCCCACACAUUACAGGGGAUCUUACACCACUGGCGCCAAAAGCGGAGGACAAAGUCCGACACAGCAUGCGACGCCCGGUCCUAAAACCACCCACAACCAGUGGAGCCAACACUCAGGCUGCUGCCACCACCGCAGACAUACGUGCUCGACCGUGGGAAAGACAGGUGUCCGGGGUCACGCACACACAGUCCUCCAGUACAUUGAGGAAUCAAAGGAGAGGACGAGUAGGAGGAGGAAGAGGGGGAGGAAGAGGAGCGACAGCGAUGAGAGAGAGGAGCCUGGGGGACCUCAGAGGAAAGGAUGGAGUGACAGCAGGGAAGGAAGAUAGAAGAGGAGGAAGACUGUGUGAAGAGUCCAAGGGGAAGGAGAAGGAGAGGAAUGGACAUCAGAGGCCAAGAGAAGCAAAUGGACUAAAAAGCCGAGGGGCUGAUGGGAAAGGAAAAGUAGGUGCUAAAGGGGUUAACAGAGGAGGGGGACUCAAGCCAAAUAACAUACUGUCUAGCCAGGAAGUUUAUCUGACAGCCAUGGUGGUCCCACGCACGCCUAUAGCACCAAGAAACCAGGACAAGACCCAAGACCAAGGCCAAAAUCAUGAUAGGACCCAGGACAACCCCCCUGUCCUUUCCCAGUCCAGCAGCGAGGGGGGGUCAAACAGAAUGUCCCUCAGCUCAGACACAGAGGGCCUCCCACCAGGACCCCUGCAUCCCUCUCUAUCCCACCGACCCAACCCUGACAUCAGCGAAGAAGAGGGGGAGGGAGAUCCAACUGUCUGCGUGAACGUCCAGAAUGGUCCAACACACUGCCUUCCAGGUAAUGAAAAAACAGAGAUGGAUUGUACCAAGUCAGAGGUGAACGCAGGGGAAGGAAAAGAUGACAAUAAUACUAAGGUGGAUGGCACCAAUUCUGUCACUCAGGGAGAUUGUGCAGCUGCUCAUAGUGUACCAAAGAGUGAAGGUAUAGCAGGGUUAAAUUAUGACUCUGUUAAAUACACUCUGGUGGUCGAUGAGCACGCUCAGUUGGAGCUGGUCAGCCUCAAGGACUGCUUACACAGUUACGAGCACAAUGAUGACAGCGAUGCAGAGACGGUCUAUCAGUCAGCCAAUGAGGAGGAAGACCCAGAGUAUGAGGAGGAGAAGAAGAGGAUAGAGGAAGCAAGUAAGCAAGAGAGGAGGAAAGAGGAGGAAAAGAGAAGAAAGGAGGAGGAGACGAAGAGGAGGAGGGAAGAGGAUUUGAAGAGGAGGAGGGAGGAGGAGGUGAAGAGGAGGAGGGAAGUUGUGGCAAGGAUCUGCAAGCAGUCCAAGGUAACGUCAACCACAACUUCAGAGGAAGAGGAGUCUAACGGAGGAAGGGCCGGAGCUUCCAGAAGUAGGAAGUUCCUCAACCUAUUUGCCAACAACAGCAGCCAUUACAGUGGCACUGGUGCUGGGUCAUUUGGUGUGUUCUCCUGUGUUUUGGAUGGAGUGGAGAGACAACAGAGCCACAGAGCUGUCUACAGGUUUGUCCCUCGUCAUGCAGAUGAACUGAACCUAGAGACAGAUGACCCAGUAUUAAUGCUGAACCAGUCUGAGGACCUGUGGUGUCAGGGUUACAACAUGAGGACUGGAGCUACCGGCGUAUUCCCUGCAUUCUACGUUGUCAGGGUGGCCAAAGAUAUUAACCAAGUCCAGAAAGACGGUUGGAUAGAGCAGUUCCUAGUGCGAUUCCUGGGUUCAGUUCAGGUCCCCAUCCACAAAGGAAACGACGUGCUGUGUGCUGCGAUGCAGAAGGUGGCAUGUAACAGGCGGUUAGCAGGUCAGCCUCCCUCAGCCUGUGUGCUGGAGGUCAGUGUGAAGGGUGUGAAGAUCAGUGUCCAGGACCAGUGUCACUCUGAUCACAGGGGGGACCAGUGUUUCCAUUUCUACCAGUUGAAGAACAUCUCAUUCUGUGGCUGUCAUCCAAAACACAGCAAGUAUUUUGGUUUCAUAACCAAACACCCUGACCAACAGCGCUUUGCCUGUCAUGUGAUGAUGUCAGAGACAACAUUAUAUCCUCUGGCCGAGUCUGUAGGGAGGGCAUUCCAGCAGUAUUACAAGGAACACAUUGGCUACUCCUGUCCCACUGAAGACAUCUUCAUUGAAUAACACCUCUCCUCCACCCACACUAUGUGCAUGUAAGCCUGGUCUUACACCACAAACUGGACCGCAGAUAUAUCUUCGUCAGAGUACUUGCAUGGUGGAUUUUCAUAGCUGCAUCCAGUGAUACAGCGAGCUUUUCCUUCCUUUGACCAUGUCACAAUAUAAAUACCUCUGUUGAUGAGGAUCACGUGAGAACAAAUGUAACAUAAACCGACCCAAACUCAAAUACAAAUAUCUGAUAUUGAUAUAUGGGCUAAAAUUACUUAUAUGUAACUACAUGUAAAUAUUGGAUGUAAAACCAUAUAGACAGCCUACAGGACUAUGGAGUUAAUUUAAUGACAAUGUUUAUAUCAUCAAUUUGUGAACCAUUUGAGUCAUGUAUAAAAAACAAGAGUCAUCAACCACGUUGGCAGCUCUGUGAGGCUGUAUUUAGGCACAGCAGUGCUUUGAGCUACUGUAAAUGCUAAUGUCAGCAUGCUAACAUGUGCAUGAUGACAAUGUUUAACAGGUAAUGUUUGCCAUGUCAGCAGCUAACAUUUGCUAAUUAGCACUAAACACAGUACAGCUGAGGCUGAUGAGUAUGUCAUUAGUUUUGCAGGUAUUUGGUCAUAAAUGAAACUAGAUGAAAAGUCAGUGGAUCACCAAAAAAUGGGAAUCCAUCUCACUCAAAAACUAAAAUGUCAACAUGGGAGAUCCCAAAAGUCAUUAGGAUUCCUCCUUUGGGGGCCAGAAAUGUCAACAAUGUCAACAAAUUUAAUGACAGUACAUAUGUCAAGAUAUUUUAGUCUGGGAAAAAAUGUUGGACCGACUGACUGACAUUGACAUCUGUAAAGCCACACCGCUAACGUGGCUAGUAAAAAUGCCAAACACUUGAUGGCUCCAGCUUCUAAAAUUAGAGGAUUUGCUGCUUUUCUCUUUCAUGUCAUUGUAAAUUGAAUGCGAAUUUUGAUUUUUGGUCAGACAAGAUCAGCAAUUUGAAGACAUCACCUUGGGCUCUGGGAACUUAUUAGUAGAUUAACGGAUUAGUCAAUAAAGAUUUAAGUAUUGUUGUCAGCAACCAUUUUUUAAAUUAAUUUGUGAAUUUUCAUUUUGAUUUGUAGGAACAUUUUAUAUCACUGCAUGAUGAAUGCACUUGAAAGAAAAGGAUCUAUAUCUGCAGCUUGAGUUCUUAUUUGCAUACAUAUGACAGACACCAUCACAGCCCAUUUUUAUUGAUUGGUUUGUACUCAUAUUGAUGGUCGCAUGUGGUUAAACAUUGAGCACACUAAGUACUUUAAUUCCAGUCUGCAAAAUGUAAAGGUCUGACAAUUAUGUUGACUAAAAGGAAAAUGUAUUAAAGUCGCAUUGAAUUGCACGUUUUGAAAUUAAUUUAUGCAUAAAAUUAAGUUGUCGGAAAAGUAGCAAAACGUAGCUACUUAUGUAAGAUUUGUAUGUUACAGAUCCUAUACCUGUCUAAAUGAUUAAAUGGGAGCGCAACAGAGAGGGGCAUCUACCUUACCUAACUACAUUCAUCCGUUUGACCAAAAUUAAAUUCUUAUGUUGAGUAUAUGCAUAAAAAAAGCCAUAUUGGUGUUCAUGAGCAGUGUGUUCACUUGGGUAAACAAGUAAUUACUGGGUGUUGAAGUCAACAAACUAGAAUUCCAGUUGCAGAUAUUUUUAUGAGAAUUGCAGCUUGAGCUUGAACGUCAGUGUUGUAUGUCAAGCCAGUUUCAUGUGGGACAGGCAUUUAAUUUUGACAGAUGUUGCUGAAUACAUAGGCCUGGACUCAAACCCUGGUCAACUGCUUGGAGGGCAGAUAUGCUAAGAUAUGACAAUCUAAGAACAAAGCAUCUUAGAAACAAGAAACAAAGGCUUCUUAUUAACAACCACUUCCCCCUACAGUUUAAAAGGCAGUGCUUUGGGUCAGCGGCAUGGGUUCGAAUCCAGCCCAUGGCCCUUUGCUGUAUGUCACCCCCCACCCCCACCCCCCAGUGCAAAGGCAGUGCUUUGAAGGAAUAGACAAACAAAUGGACUUGGUUGUUUCUUUGCACGGAAGAGGACAUAUUGAUGUUUCCAAAAACUAUAUAAGUAUAAUUCUGUAUCUUAUAACCCCCAGACUUGACAAUCUACUGUUAAAGACCUUUGGAGUUGCUAUUAAGGUGCCUAAUUUCUCUCUUUGCUUCUUGAUGUUCCUUUACUUCCAAAUAUGGUUCCAACUACAAACCCUUUAUGCAGGGUUUCUCUGGUUGAGCAAUGACAUAAUUUCUUUAACUCUGUGUAACAACAAGGCCCAAAUGACACUGUGCAAUUUAUUGUGUGCGCAACAGAACAGACUGGUGGGAUGGUGUAUCACUAUGCAGUCAUGUCCAAGUCACUUUCAGCUCAUACUUCUUGCAUUGCCUGCUUAAAUCUUGGACCAAAGUUGGGGCCAAGUCAACAUGGGAAAUUCUUGUCAUUAGACAUACUGUAUAAUUUGUUUACAGUUUUUUAGCUGAGAUAUGUUUAAAACUAAAUAGUGACUUUUGAACAUUUACCUUCACAAACUGAUCCACAGUCUGCCUUGGUUGUGUAAAGGAGAAUUCAUUUUCUAUGCAGUUCCUCCUUGUUUUUGUAGCCAUUAGAUCAGCUCCAGACUUUAAGCUGCACCAAUCAACUUUUUUUUUUUACAACAAUGGAUCAAAUGACUAUGUGCAAUGUGAAAGGACUCAAUCAUAGUGAUGAAACCACAUUGAAUUAUUACUCAACAAUGCAGUUACCCUCAGUUCUAUUUAGAUUUUUAGCCUCUUUUAGCUCAUUGUUUUUGUUUUCCAGCACUCAAACUACGUUCUCAUCAACCUUGUUUCUGGCAGCAGCAGGCAGCUAUUUUCAGCUAAAAAGCUCUGAUAAACCCACUGU